CCCCCCCUCAGUGCCAGGAAAAUGGAGUCGCCCGCCUGACUAUAAAAGGACAGUGCAGCACAUGCUUGUUUUAUACAGAGGGGAGCGUUUCGAAGAGGACGUGGCUCUCCCGAGUGUCCCUUUCCAUUAAGGGAUGCUUUGUCCUGCUCAGUCUGCCCUAGCAGCACCUGUGUCCUCCUGAACAGCAGCAUGAGCAUGGCAAAUGAAACAUACUUCUUCAUAAAAGACAUAAAGCCCGGACUGAAAAACUUAAAUGUCGUCUUUAUUGUGCUGGAGAUCGGGCGAGUUACCAAAACCAAAGAUGGGCACGAGGUGAGGUCGUGUAAAGUAGCUGACAAGACAGGCAGCAUCACCAUCUCCGUGUGGGAUGAACUUGGCAGUCUCAUCCAGCCAGGCGACAUUAUUCGGUUGACCAAAGGGUAUGCAUCUCUGUGGAAAGGAUGUCUUACACUUUACACUGGAAGGGGAGGCGAUCUUCAGAAAAUUGGGGAGUUCUGCAUGGUGUACUCAGAAGUGCCCAACUUCAGUGAACCCAAUUCGGAUCACCUUGGGCAUAAAGGGGCACAGGGUGAGCAGAGUAACAAUUCCCUUCCAUCAACUAAUUUGAGUACUUGUACUUUUGGGCCAACUGGUAACGGUUUGCAAACGGGACCUGAGCUGAGUGGAUUAUCAACUACUUAUAAUCAUGCCUCCCCCUAUGCAGGUACUGGGAGACCCAGCGGACGGGCAUCUGCCCCAGCGUCCGUGCCAGUGCCAUCUAAUAAUGCUCACCCACCUCCAAGCACAAUAAGUAACAGAAGGGAUCCCCGCAGAGCCUCCAAAAGAUGACUAAAGCCAAAUGCCACACAGUCCGCCUAAACGAUAUUCCCUACUUGAACACUUCUUGCACUUUUAUUUAUGGUUUAACUGUGAAAAGGUUUGUCCUUCCUUCUGGAUCUACCUUCUGUUGUAUGGCGAGGAGGACUCAUCCCUCCUGGAAAUUCAGUGAAGAUGCCGAUAUUGCAUAGCUGUGGGAGGAAAAGGUCUUAAAAGUAAGGGUCAGUAGAUGCAAAAUCAGGGGUUCCUUUUUGAAAAUGAGAUCUUGAGUUCUAAAACAAAAGCAGGUUUGGGCUGGAUACUUCUGAAUUCUCUCCCCUCCCCACCCCGCCUCAAGUUUGAACUAGCCAGCCCCGCAGCCCUAAGAUGGUUCUUGUCUCCUUUCUGCUUCUGUGAUUCCCAUUGUGGUUAGUGGGAACUUGUGAAUGAAGCCGCGGCAAAGGUGCCUUCUAAAAAAGGCAGGGCUCAUUAAUAAAAUUGCCUACCCAUCAGUGCAGAGGAAGUGUUCGCUUUUCUCUGUGUUGCUUGCAGCUGUGUUUGAAUAGGGAGGGUCAAACUUCUCUUGCCAAAGCAGGCACGCUGCAUUUCCGGGGUCCAAUUAAAAACCAAAAUCUUCUACAGUAAGCCAAACCACUUCCACUUUUUUUUAUACUGAGGAAACAGAGUUUAAAAUGUAAUCCCUGCUGUACAGGCAAUAUAACCCAUGGUGCAGAAAGUUUCAAAUUAAAACUCCUGAAAUGUAAAUUUCUGAGACUUCCUAAUCCUCUUCCUUCACAGAGAUGGAAGGUUUCCGUAGUCACAGUAGAAUAUCCUGAUCUUCACAAUGCUUGUGGUGAUUUGGAGUUCUCAGUGGGGCUCCUAGAAUGGCCAGUGUGUACAGUGAGAGGAAUCGAGUGGCAAAUCUCUUGCUAGGCAGCACACUUCUAAACUGCAGGUGGAGGUAGCAGGUUUGAAUGUGACCUUAUUGGGAUGUAGGGGUGGGGGUGAUUCUCUGCACAUUUAAAAAAAACACCAAAAAAACCCAAAACAAACCAGUGAGGUCAUCCACACAAUCAAAAACUGGGCUCUACCCAGGUUUGGGAGCUGCUCCCAGUUUUUGGUUGUGUGGAAGCAAGGUAGGAGGAAAACCUGGGAAGCUUUUUCCUUCUACCUUGCUACCACACAAUCAUUUCUGCCCAGGUUUUCCUCCUAUCUUGCUUCUACACAACCAGAAAUUGGGAGCACACACAGCUCCCAAACUUGGGUAGAACUCAGUUUUUGAUUGUGUGAAUGACCUCAUGUCAGGCAGAAAGCUCAGCUGGACUAUUCUCCCUGACAUGCUAGCUCUCUCAUUGCAGGAAGCCCCACUCUUCACAUGGGAGCUUUAGCCUCACACCCACAGCUUGAUGGGGUACAAUCCAGAGAAUGCUUUAUCACUUUAUUCUGCAGAUCAUAUAAACUGGUCCACAGUGUGUUAAAAUGAAGAGCUGCAAACAAAACUUGUAGUGCUAAUGCCUCCUUUUGCUGAGACUCCUACUGGUUUUGCUUCUAGGGCUAUCAUCUUGAUUUCUAGUAAGGCAGCCUUGCAGUGGCUAAUGCAAUUUCCUCCCCCAAGUUAUUACGUUUUUUGUUUUAAGAGGGAGAAGAUAGAAAAUGCUUGAACUCUGGAGGUCCUAUUCCUCAUGUAAAAUGUGUGCUGUUUCUUCUGUAUUGUAUAAAUCAGUGUGUAUUUGCACCAAACAACCCAAUGAUUUAAUUCUAUCUAGUCUACAUUUGAGGACCUUAUUUGAAAUAGGUUCAAAAUACUGUAAGAUGGCUGACUGGAUUUCCCCCUCCUCUUUUGUUAUAUAUUCUUCAUGAAGCGGACCUCAUAAAUAAAAGUUGCACUAACCAUAUAUAAAAGAAUUCUAACCUUCCCCACCCCCUUUCAAGAUCCUCAGCCAAAGAUAUCUGCUGUGAAGUGCAUAUGUUUAGCUUUAACUACAUGCUUACUUGAAGAAAAAUCCGAUCAACUUAUUUCUGAUCAAAUAGGCUGCUUAGGAAUGGGGUGUUCUUGGUUACUUGGCCCCAUUCUUAACCUGCAAGCUUUAGAAGACUUCUCUUUGGUCCCAGUGUUGUUUUUAAGCUUCACUUUUCCAGAAUAGUCCAUCUUCUUUGUGAAGACUUUGUGCAGUUGUAGAAACUUAUACUGAAUGGAAAGGGAAAGAGAUGCUUACUUAUACAUGCCAAUAUGCGAUUAGGAAGGCAAUCCUACUCCCAGUAUGAAACGUAAAAGCUGAUGUUGGCUGUUCAUUUUUUGAGUUGUUGGGGAGCACCAGGCAGGCAGGAAGAGAUCACAAGAUGUUUGUCAGGAAGGCUGUUAGGUGACCUACAUUUUAGGUGAUCUGUAAAUAAUUUUAAAAGCAACAAAGUAUGGACCUUCAUCCUCCUCCUGUGUUGAUGCCUUGGUAAGUGGUACUCCAUGGGAAAGUUGCAAUUCUGAAGCAGUCCUUCAGUGGUAGAGCAGUAGGAGCCAUGCCUGCUGGUUCUUUCUUACAGCAGAACUGUUGAAGCUCUUUGUGACAUACAAGAACCAACUCAAGAAACAUUGCUUGUAAAAAGUCAUUGGACUGAAGACUCUGAUAAUACUAUUAGCCUUGCAUAUCAUUCAAUAGUUUCUCUGAGCAUUAAGUAGCAUAACUAAAGUUGGAAAUCAUGUAAGGGGUUCUGUUUCGGUUUUACGAUGCAUGUAUAGGAUCUUUGCAAUAUGUUCGGAUCUGUGUACUAACAAGACAUUUUGUACCCUCCUCUAAUGAGAAAAGAACUUGACCCCAUCAUUUCUGAAUUGUCCUUGGGUAGUUCAUGGUUCUAGUAGCUGAAUCCUAUAUGGUCUAAAACAGUCAUGUGGUAGUUGAGCCUGUCACCUGCCUAAUUGUUGUAAGAACGCUGCAAUGAGCAAAUGUUGCCUAUGGAUGCUAGAAGACCUUGGCUAUUCAUUAGGGAAUUACAACGUACCCGUAUAAAGGUGCUUCCUGCUGCUGUUCCUAGCAGUGAUGGUACUGGAGAGACAGGAAGCACCUAAUGAGGUACUUCCUGUUGCAGGGAUUUAGAGCUGUCACUUCUUUGAUACAGUGGUGGUUAGUUUAUGGACAAAGGUACAUACAGCAGCUCCACUCACUAAAUGUGUUCUGUUGGUGACUGGCAUUCUGAUCCAGAACUCUCACCCAUGGAACCUUCCAUGUAGAAGUUCCUUCAGUGCAAAAUCCUAGUUCAUGGGAAAGGUGACAAAGUGGUCCAUAGCAAAGUUGUUUGGCUGUGGUCGCAGAUGUUGCCAUACCUGGGUGUUUAAAGAGAUGCUUUAAAAUAAAGGCAGUGCUGCUUUGGGGGAAUACUGUUUCUCAGCUACAUGAACCCAAGAACAUCUUCAUAAUAUCCAUGGUCAGUAACUUUUAAAUUUUUUAAAAAGUUUAAUUCAUGUUUCUUAUUGUCAUUUGAUUAACCACUUUUUUAUUUCCUUAAGGGGAAAAUCUCUCUGUAUCAAGCCAAGAAAACUUGGAAUAAGAGCACAGGAGGAAAUUCUACUCAUUUUUCUAUUCAACUUAUGGAUGUCUCUGGCUAUAUAGAUAAGAGUUCUGUGUUGGGUACCAAUACCUUCUAUGUAGGUCCUAAGAAUCCAGAGAACUUUGGCAAAUGGCCUCUGCACCCAAUGGGAAAGAAAGAUAGUACAUGCAGAGAAACGUCCCCUGAUGGCUUCUGUUUUGGAGCCUCAAAAACUUAAUUGAAUGUGGGAGUUUUCCCUCUUACCCUUGUUUUGGGAGAAUGCAUAGCAAGCCAAGAAUCAGCGAUAUGCUUUCAUGUUCCCUUAAAAUGCACUGCCCCCCAAAAGUAAGGAUGUAUCUCAGAAUAAGAUUACUAAAGAUCAGCAGGUCUACAGUGAAA